AUGAUAGAGAGUCCCCACUCGCGAUCCGGUCGCGAGGAGGUACGCGUCUUUCAGAGCACGCUAGACAAGCGCAUUGUGACGACGACUGUCUUCGCUCAGCCCUCGUUCUACAUGGGCUUGGGUAGUGCCUUGGUGAUGGUGCUGACGCAGCGCUUCCCGGAGGAAUUCAUGCUCCGCAAGUACCUUACCAUGUCAUACAACGGCAUCCGUGCUCCGUCGCUUCUGGCCAUUCCGUUCUGUGCUAUUAGUGGCAUGUACUUCUCUAUUGCCAGCGUCAUCACCGCCGCGCCCACGCCGCUUAUGGGACACCUGCUCGGGUACGGUGUGAGUCUAAGUGUUGGGCUUACCAUGCUGUCGCUACGGCGCGUCUCGUGGUACUACCCUCUCCUUGGUCUCAUGUAUCUGUCUUUUGGCGGUUUGCACCACUAUCGCAAGAUGAUGGUGUACGGUGAUAACGCGCCCAUCUUUUACUGGUCGGACUUUCGAGAGAUCUACCACGAUAGAAAAGCGCGCCGCCUAGAGAAGAAGCUAUGCAUCGAAGAGAAAGCCGUGGUGAGACAAGAUCGCGCAAUCGAGUAG